CAAUCCUAUGCACGGAGAGCACAUUUGGAGAACGCACCAGUUUUACUUUCAUGGAUCCCAUGGUUCUACAAACCGAUCGAAGUUAGUUAUUUAAUACAUAUUAUCCACGAAUGUUGAAGCAGGUUAUAUCAAGACAAACGUUACAUUCAAGGUUGUGUGUAACCUUGUACACAACAUACAUUAUAACGCAAAUACGGUCUCGUUCCUCAACCUUUGACUCGGUUCCACUUCCAACGCUUAGUGGACAACAACCUUCAACUAAGACUCCCAAAGGUCUCAAAGGAAAGAAGAAUGAGAAUCCGAAUAAAAUAAGUAGGCCGCCCUGUCAACCCGUGCUGGACAGGUUUGAUGAACAGUAUGGCCGUGAACUUGGACACGUAUGGCCUUCUGCAAGGUCUGUACUCUUGGACCCAGACUCCUGGCAGUACGGUGUCAUGCUCAACCGCUUCGCUACUCUGAAUGACAUCACAAACCUCCUCCAAUCAAAAGGCUUCUCGAGCUUUUUGCCACAGACACACAGCCCCAUUUUACCAAAAACUUGUUCCCCAGCAAUCACGUUGCCAAAGCAACAAGGAAGAGGAGAAGAUGCAGCUGAGACUCAAUCUAAGACUGUCUCUACGGUGACACCAGACGCUCACGGGACAGUUCAGAACCCACAGGCCAUCCUCGGAGCUAGCCCUCGGAGGCCUCUUACAGACACCCUCGCCAUCUCCUCCUCCUCCCAUCUCUCAAACUUCACCUCCUCCUUUCUGUCCUCAUCUUCUUUACCCUCCUCAUCAUCUCUCUUGUCCUCUUGUCCCUCCUCCAACAUCUCCUCUUGUCCAACCAUCUCCUCCCCUCCCUCUUCCACUUUCUCCUCUUCUGCCACCACCUCCUCCUCUCUCUCCUUGUCCCCUUCCUCCUCUCUCUCCGCUCCCUCUUCUACCUCCACAUCUCCCUCCUCCUCUCUUCCCAUUUCCUCCCCCUCUCCCUCCCUGCUACAGUGUUUUCUCCAUCCCCAGCCUGUGCGUUUCCCGUCCCAGGUCCACUGGCGUGGUGUGCUGAAGCAGUACUACUUGCUCAACGCUGCCUCCCUGCUACCUGUGCUGGCACUGCAGCUCAUAGAUGGUGAGAAGGUGCUGGACCUUUGCUCUGCCCCAGGAGGGAAAGCACUGGCCAUAAUGCAGACGGCCAACCCAGCGUUGCUCUGCUGUAACGAGUCGGACCCGCACAGGAAGGAAUGGCUCGUCCAAACCCUGGAGUCCUUCCUUCCAUGGUCGCUUAGCAAAAGGGUGAUUCUGUCCAAUCAGGACGGUCGUGUUUUUGGGUUGAGUGAAGCGGGGAUGUACGAUAAGGUGUUGGUGGACGCUCCUUGUUCCAACGACAGGAGCUGGCUCUACUCCUCAAACCGCCAGCAGGGGGAGCUCCGACUCAAAGAGAGAGCCUCACUGCCUGAACUUCAGGUUCAGCUGCUACGGUCGGCUCUGAGUGCGGUACGCCCAGGGGGCGUGGUUGUCUACUCCACCUGCACCUUAUCCACUGAUGAGAAUGCAGAGGUGGUGGGGGCGGUGCUGGAGAGCUGCCCAGAGGCGGUCCUUGAUGACUUGUGGGAGGAGUUAGCAGUACCCUUAUGGGCUCACUUUACCUUCAUCCAGCCCCACCUCCACGGGGGUCGCUGUGGGCUGCUAGUGGUCCCGACGCCCGGACGUACCUGGGGACCCAUGUACUUAUGUCGGAUAAGAAGACGAGGCUGACUGUCCCAGAGUACACACAAGAGACUAAAAAGCCAAUGAACACUUUGAUUAUGCUCGAGGCAUUUCGAAAGAAUUAGCAAAUUGUGAGUUAAAUUAUUCAUUUUGAAAAUAUGUUGUAUUUUUGUCAUUUUAUAAUAGACGUAAUAAACAUAAUUUAUUCAAGUUCUA